AUGCUACGGGUUCGCGAGGCGGUCGAGCUGUUCAACUUGCUCUCUCUAGUGGACAAUCCCUUGUUCGUGGACAUGGUGUCGCUCUUCACGAUCUCCGAUAGGCACGAUGAAGCGUCCAAAGUGUGUCCGACAUGGAAGUUCCGGCUUAUCGGCAAAUUACCAUCUGAAGACCCUAUUACUUCCCAGAUGUCUGUGUCAUGGGGGCAACUUUUGGGGUCCCCAGAGGAUCCGUGGAGGUAUUCGGUGGAGUUUAGACGCGCGAUGGACGUUUUAAUGGGAAUGGGCGAGGAGACUGGAGCGUCGUGGCACUCGUAUGCUCCGUCGUGCUGGAAAAAAUGGAAAGGAGGAGAACCUAAACGCCAGGAGGAGCAUCCGCUCGAAGUCCGAGUCUGGACUCUGAAGUCGGAUUUCGCGGCGAGCGGCAUCCCGGAGCUUACUACGGUGCUCGCUCGAGACGAACUGGCGUCGCUUGACUUGCGCCUCGAUGACACGCUCACGAAUCACCAGAAGCUGGGGCGUGCUGUUCACCACGAUGAUCUGUGGACAGUCGUUGUGUCGACUCCCCGGAGGUGCUUGUCAGGAGAUCGAGAUCAAGUAGCUGUCACAGAUUAUAUUGAAGAAACGGAUAAUGAUAGCGAUGAGGACGAGGGGGAGGACGUGGAUGCUAACGAUCCUUUAACUACAGUGGCAAUGGCUCGCUGCGGCUUCCCCGAAUCAGUCGUCGAUGUUCCAGAGCCGCCAAAAUACGGCUUAGUUGAGCUCCCUGAAGGAAGUACUUUUCAACCGCAGGGCUUGAAUGAUGGGGAUGACACUACCUUUGUUCUCGAGCGUAGGUGUCGCUGUCGAGCGCAAGGCACUUCAGCCGCUCCAAGCGAUCAUCUGACCGCUGUAAUUCCUGGCUACGGGAUUUGCCGGGUCGUAGUCGAAGAGGGCAUUGAAUUUAUUCCGGAUAGCCAAGAGGAAUUUGUCAUUGGGGGAGAGAACUCUCGUCCGUGGAACUUUUUCAAGCUGUUUGUGGAUCACAUCGAAAGUAUGGAGGUUUUAAUGGGACUGUUGGAUCUGGUGGGAGGCCGUCUAAGAGAUUUAUGGUGCGGAAACACCGGACAGGACCUCGUCACCGUGGAUUUAAGUGCGAUUGCAACUGCGUGUCCUCGCCUGAAGUCAUUGUUCCUCUCGGAUGUGAGCGUCACAAUGUCCGAUAUCGACAAUGAGGCUCUGUGUGCUUGGCCACUCCAGAAACUCGAGAUCGAGGGGGUCGUCGAUGAUUUGGGGCCUUGUUUGAGUGACCUGGCGCACAAUUUAGCUCGAAAACUCGUGGAUCUGCGGCUGGAUGUACCCAAUGGAUGGGACUUUAGUGAAGAACGAGAGGAUAAGCUCAAGGCCCACAACGGCAAGUACCUACCCGUGGUGAAGGAAAAGCUUCCAAUCCGGUCAAAGGCUGCAAUGCUUAGCGUAUUUUCCGGCGCGUUGAGUUCCUCGGGUAAUAGCGUGGCAGUUGGGCACCUGGACCCGCACGCUUUGGAAUUAAUAUUUGGCUUCGCUGCGACAGCAGCGAGACGAUCGGUUACGAUACUCAGAGACUCGGAUAGGUUCUCGUCUGUAGUGAUGGACGGCUAA